AUGCAUUUUCCAAUCUUUUCGAUCCUCGCUCUUGUGCCGGCAGUCAUCGCCGUUGUCGUCGAUACGCCCACUAUAAAAUCACGUCGGACUUGGGACGUGUCGUGGCGACUAGACACGCCAAAAAUUGGCCUCACUCUUACUCGAGACUUCAAAAAUUUUGACUGGAUUGAUCUCGUGGACGCCGAUCCGGAGAAAGCUACUGUACGAUUGCCGAAAGAUGUCAAUCUUCAGCCAGGUGAUGUUUGGCUAGUUGCCUGGACAAGCCAUGGCACAGGACCGAUUGGGUACAGUGAAAAGUUUACGAUCAAAUGA